GUCACCGCCAUAUUGGACCUUAUAUAUACUGUCAAUGACCGGGUCGGAGCUAUUAUAAGAAUAAGAUAUUUAUUAGGGCCCGAGCACUGUUCUUUUGCACGUGACGUCACAACUACUGGCUGGCGGGCAAGAACAUCGUUCUCCAGCAACGGAACCCAGUAAACUAACGUUAAUCAAGGAUUUCGCCAGGACGUCGCCAGUUUUUAUCUACUAAAGUUGGCGUUUUGAGGUGAAAACGACAUGCCAGAUAGUUGUUGUGCGACUGGAUGCACUAACCGCCGAGGAGAUAAUCCGGGGUUAUGUUUUCACCGGAUCCCAUCUGAUAAGGAGAAUCCUGAGAGAAGACAACUAACGUUAUGGAUACAGGCUAUCAGACGUGCAACCGUUUCAGGAAAUGGGACCUGGCAACCUUCACAGUAUACACGUCUGUGCAGUGAUCAUUUUAUCAAAGGUGCCAAAUCUGAUGACCUGCUGUCCCCUGAUUGGGUUCCAUCCGUCUUCUCUCACACCCCUGCCACCAAAAAGAGGAAAAGGGAGAAAGACAUGGAAAGGUAUGAGCAGCACAACAGAAUCCCAAUCAAGAGGAUGGAGGCGGAAAAGAAACAAGAUGCUGUGGAUGUCCUCUUGGAACUGUCAGUAGAGCCUGUGCCACAACAGUGUCUCAGCAAUCACUGCAAAGAUGCCAUUGCAGAGGUACUGCAGGAGUGUGAUGACCUCAGGGAGGAAAACCGCAGGCUGAAAACCAAAUUAGGAAUAUUGGACGAACAGGCUUUUGCAAAUGACGAUGAAAAAGUGAAAGCACUGACUGGACUCCCCACGUUUGCCAAGCUGCAAGUAGUUUUAUUUAGUGUUAUUUUAUGUCUUCCGACACACGCAACCCUCUCUCCUUUCCAGCAACUUCUUUUAACUCUUAUGAGGAUGAAAAUGAACCUGUCCCUUGCUCUACUUAGUGUUCUCUUCCAAAUCUCGAUAGCGACAGCAAGCAGAACUUUUAGAACUACCCUAGACAUGCUACAUGCAAAGCUUGUCCCAUCAUUUUUAUUUUGGCCACAGAGAGAAGAGCUUCGGCUGUCAAUGCCCAUGAUAUUUAGACAAACUUACCCUAGAUGUGCCUGCAUAAUUGACUGUUUAAAAUUUUUUAUAGAAAAUCCCAAAGACUUAGAAGCAAGAGCACAAACAUAUUCGACCUAUAAACAUCAUCACACCAUGAAAUACCUAAUAGGCAUAUCACCACAAGGAACAGUCAUAUUCAUAUCUAAGGGAUGGGGAGACAGAACAUCAGACAAACGUGUCACAGAAAAUUCUGGGUUUCUGGAAUGCAUCAGUGCAGGUGAUGUAAUACUGGCUGAUCAAGGGUUUAACGUGGCAGAGUCUAUUAGCUUGUAUAAUGCUGAGCUGAACAUCCCAGCUUUCACUAAAGGAAGGAAACAAUUGAGCCCAGUGGAGCUGGAGUCCACACAUGGACUUGCCUCAGUAAGAAUCCAUGUAGAGAGAGUUAUCGGUGAAACAAGAAACCGAUACACUAUACUACAAAGUACUAUUGGUAUCCAGAUGUGUGAAGCUGAACACCCCAAAGGGUUAACAGUUUUAGACAAAGUAGUCCAUGUGUGUUGUGCCCUUACAAACGUGGCACCCUCAAUUAUUCCUUCUGGUUAAACACUACUGAAUACAGUACAACAUUAAUACAAUGUAAAUAUACAAUGAUUUAUUUAUACAAACACACGCACAAACUACACACACUAAAAAACAUGUAUGUACAUAAAUGUAUUACAUUUUCACUUUGAAUACCUAUGUGCAUUGUAUUUAUUUGUAUUCAUCUGUUUAUCUAUGUAUGUGCAUUGUAUUUAUUUAUUGAAUAAAUCUGUAUUUGUCUGUCUAACAGUACAAUUCAAAAUUCA